CCGUCGUGACGUCAGCGGUUUGCGGGCCACCCUGCUGCUGUGUCGGAGUUUGGAGGAAACCCCGUGGAACAGAGCAGCAGCAUUUCUCCACUGUGCGCUUCGUGUUCGAAAUAGCGCCGUUUUACAACCUUCUCAGGAGCGAUGGCAGACAAGAAGGAAAAGAAGGAGGCUCUGGUGUGCAAAGCCAGAGUAGCCGAGCAGGUUGAACGCUAUGAAGAUAUGGCUAAACACAUGAAGGAGGCUGUAGAAACAGAGUUAGCCCUCACCAAUGAAGAGCGGAACCUGCUCUCUGUUGCUUACAAAAAUGUGGUGGGAACUAGACGGUCUUCCUGGAGGGCAAUGUACGGCAUAUCCCAGAGGGAUGACGACAAGUUAACGCAGGCAGUUGCCUUCUACAGAACAACGAUUAAGGACGAGUUAGAUAAAACCUGUGAUGAAGUUCAGGACCUGCUGGAAAAGUAUCUGAUUCCCAAUUCUGAGACCGAGAAGGAUUAUGAAGGCAAGGUUUUCUACCAGAAGAUGAAAGGAGACUACUUCCGCUAUAUGGCUGAAGUAGCUGAUGAAGACAAAAGGGAAGCAAUUGUUGAGAAGUCAAAAAAUGCCUACUGUGAGGCCUGUGAGACCUGUAAAGCCCAUAUGGAUGCAACACAUCCCAUCCGUUUAGGCCUUGCUCUCAACUUCUCUGUCUUCUACUACGAGAUUGCCAAUAACCCAGAGGAGGCCUGUAAAUUGGCCAAAGAGGCCUUUGAUGAUGCUCUAAAAGGCAUGGACAGCCAAACUUCUGAGUCGGCCAAAGACAGCACCUUGAUCAUGCAGCUGCUCCGUGACAAUCUGACUCUGUGGGGAUCACAGGAGCAGGCUGAGGAGGAUGCCGAGCAGCAGCAGACAUCUGACAACUGAACCCACACAUGGCGUGCGCGCACACAAAUUUAAAAUGUGUUUUUCCAUCUCACCAGCCCGACUUGUGUGCGAGGUGGUGGGCACAUACAUGCACAGAUGCAUGUUUGCACACUACUCAUGAUGUGUGAUGUACGGUGUGUCUGCAGGUAGUUUGACAUGUAACUGUAUGAGCACAUCCACAUAGAAAAUAUUGAGCUACAGGAUUUUUUUUUUUUCUUUUUCAUUGUGACGCAUGGUAUAGAUUAAAAAAUUUUUUGAAAACGUCAUCCACAUGCACAUAUUUGUAUCGCAUAAACAUAAUUCAAUAUUUUCAAUGGUUUAUAGAAAGAGUCAAAGCACUUUGGCUGUUUCAGGUAGUUUGUGAGUAUACCUGGAUGGUUGUAAAUCGGAACCCAAAGCAGUCUGGGGAUGAGGAAAAUGCAGAAACCUUGCAGGCUGCCAAACUCUGAAUCUGAGAAUGUUUCUCUAAACUUAAAAUUUCUAAUGUGACCCCACCAGUGAUCACAUGGCGGAAUUUACUUGACAAAAUUCAAAAUGGCAUUGUUGCCGUUUUGCUUCUGUCCAUCCCACCCUGACUGUGUACUGCCUAUCAUGAGUCUGUGGGUUUACUGUGCAUUCUGGCAUAAUAAAUGUUUUCUGUGUUUAUGGCUACUUGCCAAAAUUAGACUUUUGGCUGGUGUUUUUGUUGACUGUUCUGUUCACAUGUACCAGUAUCUUUCCACUUUAAUUGAUUUAUGUCAACACAUUGUGUAAUUUUCAAUGUCAUGGUAAUAAGAUGGAUAACUGGAGGAGAAAAUGGACAACUUCAUAAAAUGGCUUUUUUGUACCUUAAUCUUUUCCGCAAUACAGAAAAUACUAUAAGCAUUUAUUUUAUGCAGCUUCUUACUGCUUCGUAUUAUGAUUGGGUCCCCUGUGACUCUUGGUUUGACACUUAGAAUGUACUGUAUUUAGUUGUGAGUAGUAAGGUGUGAGAGUUAGUAGUACUUUGAAGCUCAUGGUUUUGGCUUUGGGGUGGGUUGACUCAGGUGGAUUACGCUACGCUACGCUACUGUUUACCAUCCUUGAGAGCGCAUUGUGAAUAAGUGAAAUAAUGGCUCAGAUAAAUUACCGUUUAGAAGACUGUUGCAGCCAUACAGUGGACAUAAAGUGCUGGAUUCCAACUUAAAUUUAUUUUGGGUUUACAAAGGCAUUGAUAUACUGGCCUGUUACUUCGCUAUGCAUUUUCAUAUAAAAGGAAAUAAAACUUUAAAAUUGCUUUGA